AAGCCCGAGUGAGAGUCUUGCCCAGAUUCGGGCCUCCCUUGGCUUCCUUAAUGUACCCAUGACUCGGGCCGAUUAAUUAGCCAACCGUCUCACCCGUUGCAAGCCCAUCAUGAUGGGCAUGUGGCAAUAUCCGAGCAUGGUGCCGCAGGUGCCACAGAUGCCACAGAUGCCACAGAUGCCAAUGUCGCACGCGUCCAUGCUGCCUGGCAUGGGCUUGCCACUGCCGACUCCGACCGGAUGUGGAUGCAUGCCUUCCCAAGGCAUGGGCGGCGCAGGCUUCAUGGCUCCGGCCAUCACCGAGAGCCAGCGCAAGUACAUGUCGCAAAUCGUACUUGGCAUGAAGUCGAGUGACAUCAGCAUAGUUGCGAGCAGCCUCAGCAAUGCCGUGAAGGAGAAGGUCCAGAUUCCAGAUGCCUUCCUCGCGACUGUGAAGCAAUGGAUGGCCUCACGGCAGGAGUCUGUGGCUGCAUCAUCACAGAUGCAGCUGGCACAGUUCAUUGGUGCCCAAGCCUGGACAAACCAGGUACAAGCAAACAUGCAGCUCUUGGCACAGCCAGGCCAGUCGAUCCCGCCUGAUGGUGCAAGUGCGCCUGUCAGCGCGAGCUUCCCCAGUGCCCCGCCGACCGCAAGCCCAACGCAUGAGGAUGCCGCACCUGUGUCGGGUGCAGGGGACAGCGCGCUCCCGGAGACGCUGGGGGAGUCGCCGCUUCCAGGAGGUCGUACCCCGGCGCUGACCGGAGCGCAGACGCCCACAGUGGUGCCUACGGACUCCCUGCCCGUGCCAACCAACUCGCUGCGAUCCAUCACACAGGGCACUGCCACCGCCUCAACGAUCUCCGUGCCGCCUCCAACUGACUCCGUGCCCUCGGAACCCAGCGCAAGGCCAGCGAUCCAGGCGAGAAGAGAACAGGAUGAUGAGCCGCCUGUACCGCAGGUACGCAGGCGGCAUGAGUCCCGGCCUGUUGAACGCUCAGCGCAGGAGAUUGCGGACUUCAUCAGAAGCUUGGAGAAAGAUUCCGCCAGCUUCAGGCAUUUGCGUGUGGGGCUGCGUCCGUGCGACAUGGAGCAGCUGCGGGAGGCUGUGGCAGCCCACCCAGAGCUUUUCUCCGUGGAGGACGACAUCGUCACACUCAAGGACACGCAGCGAAAGGAGGCUCUGACUUCUCUGAUUAAGCAGCUCGUCACGGCAGAGAUGCAACGAUCAGAGAUCGCUCCGCAAAAGGCCAUGGACGCCAUUUGGUCUGCGGCGCACUUUGCCUUGAAGGCCACACCGGCAGAGGUCAUCAAGGUCUUUCAGACGGUCUCCAGCGCCGUCUUGAGGAAGAAGGACAAGGUGCCGAAGGGAUGGUAUCCAGCAAACAUGACUCUGGCCUUGGCCUGCAUCAUCGACCGCGCAGUCUACCUGGCACGACGUGAUCAGCUCUCCGUGCUUGAGAAAGCUCUGGGCCCGCACCUGCACGACAUCCUUCUCAGCAGGUGGCAAAUUGGAAGAGUACGUGGAAGCCAAUUUCUAGCAAACCUAAUCCUCACCUGGGAACGACUUGGAUACUUCCAGGAUCAGGAUUUGGAGCCAUGCAAGCAGCAAUUGUUAGUGCUUCUUGCGUUUGCCCGCCCAGAAGGUGUGCCUGACCCACCACACAAAGACGAUGGCACUGGAUGGUACAAAGUCGUUGCUCGAGAUCCGGGGGAAGACAAAGACACCGAGCCCAUUUGCUCGCACGAGAGACUCCAGGCGCUGGAGCGUGUACGCCGCGAGGAGCGCGAGGUGCCCGGGGUGCCCGAUGUCCCGGACCUUCCGGCCGAACCCGAGAAGCUGGAAGCCCCCGCGGAAGCAAGGCAGCGCGCGAUGCACGCCGCAGCCCAGAUGGGACUCGGCAAGGAGCCAGAAGGUGCGUUGCCUGUAAAAAGACAUUCCGCAGAACCUCCAGAAGGAUCUUCAAGAAUGGUGCACAAUGAUUCGGACGAAGAGGCGCUCUUUGGCUCAGCUGUCUUCGAUUCGGCGGUGUUCAGCGAGGAGGAGAUCUUUGGCUCCCCCCACGAGACAGACGAGGAGGGCCAAGCACGGAGCCAAGAUGCACAAGCCACUGGCAAGGCAGACACCCUGGCAAAUGACAGUGCCACGCAGCCCUAUGCCUCACAGGAUAUCAACGCCUUGCCGGCCACACAGCUCUACCAGGACGAGCCGCCAAGCAAGCGACCUCGAUUGAGCGGCGCAGAACUGGCGAGUAACGGUUGAUGCUCAAACUAAAUAUUGUAGC